AUGGGUAAGAAGACAAAAAUUGGAAAGCAGCGUCGAGAUAAAUAUUAUCAUCUUGCAAAGGAAGCAGGAUAUCGAUCUCGUGCUGCAUUCAAAUUGUUGCAACUUAAUAAGCGAUUCGAGUUUUUGCAAAGAUCCAGAGCAAUUGUUGAUUUAUGCGCAGCGCCAGGUGGAUGGCUUCAAGUGGCCACACAAAAUAUGCCCGUUUCAUCGCUUUGCAUAGGAGUUGAUUUGGUGCCGAUCAAACCGAUCAACAGAUGUAUAACUUUACAAGGUGAUAUAACCACCGAAAAAACCAGACAGAUGAUCCGGAAGGAGCUGCAUGGCUGGGAGGCUGAUUGUGUGUUGCACGACGGCGCACCUAACAUUGGGCGUAAUUGGAUUCAGGAUGCGUUCCAGCAAAACUGUCUAACGCUAUCAGCUUUGAAACUUGCGGUACAAAUAUUGGCAAAAAAUGGUGUCUUUGUGACGAAAGUCUUUCGCUCAAGUGAUUAUCAUCAUCUGAUAUCAGUAUUUGAGAAACUAUUCAAGCAAGUGCACGUUUGGAAACCAGCGGCAUCACGUCUAGAGUCCGCAGAGAUCUUUGUAGUCUGUGAGAAGUAUCUAAAACCAGAAAAACUUAGUCCUGAUCUCUUAGAUUCCAAAAAAGUGUUUGCUGAGUCGACAGAACAAUCAAUCACGUCAAAUCCACAAUUAAUGUUGCAACCACGCAUGAAGCUGAAGAAAGUAUCGGCAGAUGGUUAUGAAAACGAAUCUGUUCUACUCCAUAAAGCAAUAAAUGCUACAGAUUUUAUUCAAAGUAGCGAUUAUUUAGAAUUGCUGGCUUCUGCAUAUAAAAUUGUUCUCAAUGAUGAAAGAUGGUUAAAUGACGAAUCGACAACUAAUGAAGUGAAAUGUUGUCUUGACGAUGUUAAGGUGUGCGGUCCGAGAGAGUUACGAUUGAUAUUGAAGUGGAGGCGUAAUAUUAUCAAAAAAAUCAAUGAAGAAAUGGCUGGGGAUGAAACUGAAAAUUUAACAAAAGAUGCUGUAGUGGUGGCCAAUCCUGAGGAUGAACGAAUGGUAGAAAUCGAACAGCAAUUGCGGACAGCAAAAGCAGAAGAAAAAGCAGCAUUAAAGAAAAAGAAACGAAAAUUAUUAAAAGACAAAGCUAAUCACGAAAAAAGAAAAAAGCUUAAAAUGCUCGUAGAAGGAGAUACUUAUGAAAUACCCAAUGAACAAGAAUUGUUUUCAUUAAAAAAAGUUGCGAGAGCUAAUAAUCGACGAAAUAUUGAUAUUAAUAAGGUUGCGGAACCAGCUACCAGUGAUAAUAAUAACGAUGAUUCAGACAUAGAUGAUAAUGCAGAAGAAUUUCAUCAUGAGGAAGAUCCAAGUAUGUCAAAAGCAGAAAAAGUUGAAGCUCAAAAGGCAGAAUGGUUUGGCCGUCAUCAAGUUGCUGAACUGAUGGAUGAUGAAGAAGGCACUCUAAGAGCCGUUGAGAACUUCAUAAAAAAAUUUAAAAAUGCCUCACAAGGCGGCAGUAGAAAGGAAAAUAACGAAGAAAAUGAUAACCAGAAAUCAAACACCGAAAAAUGGUCAGGUGAAAGAAAUAAUGAAGAUAGCCAAAAACUCAGUGGCGAAGCAAGGACAAGUGCAGGAACUACUGUCUUCGUAGAUGAUGAUGAUGAAAGCGACGAGGAAUAUCAUGAUAUAGAUGAAACUGAUUCGAAAUGUUCCUCAUAUGAUCUGACGCGGACAAAAAAACUAAGUGAAGUGGAAAAAUUAUCCCCUGAGCUACUUGCACUUGGAGAACAACUAAUAUAUUCGUCAAAAACAAGACGAGAUCUUGAAGAUUGGGGAUGGAACAGGUAUACAAACAAUGAUGAGGGACUUCCUGAUUGGUUCGUGGAAGACGAAAAAAAGCAUUUCAAAAAGGAACUUCCAGUCUCAAAAGAUCGAGUGGAAUUCUACAAAAAUCGUAUGCGUGAUAUCAAUACACGAACAAUCAAAAAAGUUGCUGAGGCAAAAGCACGGAAGAAGAAACGACGGGAGCGGAAAUUGCAGUCAGCAAAGAAAAGAGCGGAAGGUAUUAUUGAAAGUGAUAAUAUGGAGCAAGCAGAAAAAAUUCGCGAAAUUCGCAAAUUAUAUGAAAAAGCAGCGUCAUCAAUGAAGGAAAAGAAAAAGAUAACAUAUACAGUAAUGACAAAGGCCAAACGAGGAAGCCUAAUCAGGCCAAAAGGGCCAUAUAAAGUAGUGGAUGCUCGGUUGAAAAAAGAUAGUCGUCGUCAAAAGCAAAUGAACCAGAGGAAAGGAGGCAAAACCAGUGGUAGAGAUCGUGGACGUCGCAACAGAAGAUCUAAUUGA